AUGGCGGACAGCAGCGACAGCUCCGGAAGCCCGGCCGAGGCUGCUUUCAUGGGGGUGGUGCUUACCGUCAUGUUCAUAUCCUUGUUCGUGGGAUUGAAGACGCCGGAGACCGUGGUCUUCUUCUGCCUGGUGCUGGUUUGGAACGUGGGUCUGGUGAACACAACAGAAGCACUGUCGGGGUUCAGCAACGCGGGGAUGCUUGCGGUCGGCGCCCUCUUUGUCGUGAUUAAGGGUGUGGAGAAGUCCCAGCUUGCCGACAAAGCCGCCCGUCGAGUCUUCGGCCUUAGGACUUCCCUGGAGGCGGGGCUAGGCAGGAUGAUGUCUCUCUGCUUCGUCCUGUCGGCCUUCCUCAACAACACGCCGGUGGUCGCGCUCCUCAUCCCUAUUACUCGCGACUGGGCCCGCGCUCGCGGGUUCUCCCCUUCUAUUUUUCUAAUCCCGCUGUCCUACUCGUGUAUCAUGGGCGGACUGCUGACCGUCAUCGGGACGUCGACCAACCUGGUCGUGCAGGGCCUCGUCCUCGACGAGAAGCUAAGCGACCCCAGCAUCGAGGCCAUCGGUUUCUUCGAGCCCGGGUACAUCGGGGUCCCUCUGGGAGUCGUCGGGAUGCUGUACCUGGUGCUCUUCGCGCCUCGCGUGCUGCCUUCACGAGGUGGGCUUUUCCGAUACGUCCGGGACCGCGCCAAGGAGCUGCUUACCGAGGUCCAAGUGAUGGACGACUUCCCGUACAAGGGCGAGCCUGCGGGGCUCGUCCUCGCGAGGCUUGGUCUCCCUCAGGACACCCUCAUCAAGAUCCGGCGGAAGAUAUCUUCCGGAAUCCUGCGCCAGAUGAGCCAGAGCCUGGGGGAAAACGCCAGCCUGGGUUUCUCCACGUCGGCGCUCUACUCCAGCAGCGUCAAAGAGGGCGCCACCCACGACGAACAGGACGUGAACGCCAUCAUGGAGGUCAACCAGAAGACCUUCAGGGCCGAGUCCAUGUACAGCUACCGCAUGCGCGCGGAGUGCUUGUGGGGCACCAAGGACGACCUUGCCCAGGAAGAGAAGUGCAUCUCGCCCCUCGCCGGCACAGCUGUGGAGGACGUCAGCGGCUCCGAAGCCCGCAAGCCCGGGAGGUUCUCGCGGAAGCGCUGGGUCAGCGACGCGGACGCACAGCGUUCAUCGAACGCCAUCGCCGCCGUGAACGGCAACAACGCCACGCCGAACGGUAACGCAUCGGCGACCGCUGCUGGCAACGUCGCGGCCGGCCAAGGGCAACCGAACGGUGGGUCACUCAACGCCGCGGGAGAGACCUACACCGACAUUUUCCCGGUGUCUCCCGCGGAGCCCGUUCAAGCCGGCGACGUGCUGUUCCUGAGUUGCGCACAGGCGAGAGAAGAAGCGACCAUGAUCGACUUCCAGGCGGUGACGGUCAGCCAGGGCCUCAAGGGGCUCAAGUUCCUGGACGUGAGCGCGCUCGACCUUCCCGGGCACGGGACGGAGUUCUUCGAGAUCGUCCUCUCUGGACACAACCACUUCGUGGGCCGCUCCGCCAGCCGCGACAACGCGGAGUUCGCCGCCUACUACAACGUGAGCGUCGUCGCCGUGCGCCGCCGGGGGCAGGCGGAGGCCUCGAAUCCGGGCUCCUCGGUCGCCGCCGCUCCCCCAUCCGAUUCCACGCGGCCGACCGGUUCGUCUUUCAAGUCGUCGCGGGCGGCGGCGGCGGCGGCGAUGGACGCCCCCGAGGUGUUCCUCGAGGAAGGCGUCGAGCCCGCGCUUAACCCGGACAGCAGAGAGGUGUCCCCGACGGGCUCCAUCUCGACGUCCGCCGGGCCGAAGACGCGCUCGCUGGUCUCCGCGAUGAGCGGCCGCGCCGCCGCCGCCGCUUCGCGGGGCACGCCGCGGUCGCCGAUGAUGCGCAGGUCGAGGAAGAACACGCUGAUCCACGAGGACGAGAAGGACGUGACGGAGACGUCCUUCAAGGCCGGGGACGUGGUCCUCGUGCUCGCGAAGGAGGAGUUCAUGGAGAAGUACGGGUCUUCCAGGGACUUCUUCCUGCUUACCAAGGUCGGGUCGGUGCCGAAGCCCGUGCGGUACUACGACUACCUGCCCCUGCUGGCGUUCGUGGGCAUGCUGGUCUGGGUGCUGCUCGACGCGGAAAUGGUGCAAGCGGCGUUCACCGCCGGCGCCAUCCUGAUCUUCGGGGGAUGGGUGGACGCGAAGAAGACGGUCGGCUUCGUCGACUGGUCGCUCCUCCUGUUGAUCGGGAGCGCGCUGGGUCUCAGCAAGGGGAUCGUCAACUCCGGCCUCGCGGACUACGUGGGGGGAGCAAUCCGCAGCUCUGGCAUCAGCGCCGACGCGAGCCUGUUCGUGCUGUACGGCUUCACGAUGAUUUUCACGGAGCUCAUUACCAACAAUGCUGCUGCUGCUUUGGCAACUCCGAUCGCGUUCAGCAUCUCUCGAGAGCUCGAGGUGAGCUACAAGCCGUUCAUCCUGACGGUGAUGUUGGCGGCAAGCAGCAGCUUCAUCACGCCCAUCGGGUACCAGACGAACACCCUUGUUUGGGGGCCCGGCGGUUACAAGUUCACGGACUUCAUGAAGAUAGGCACCCCGCUAUCCUUGAUCUACCUUGUGCUUGGGUCCUUGCUCGUGCCACAGAUUUUCCCGUUUUAG